AGGAUAAUUCCAGAGGCACAAAAGAAGCCUCAGAAACCCCGCAAGGACGGUGGACAUAAUCGUGCCUUCCAAGAUGCCGAGGCAAUGAAACAAAAGGCUCGGCAAGAUCUAGUGAAACCGCAAUACAACGUUUUCGACUACUAUCACAAGAAGGGCUGUGCUCAGUUCUUGGCCAAACACUGGUUGUUGGAGUACAUCACCUUGUUUGUGGUUUGCCUGAACACCAUUUGGAUUGCCAUCGAUACCGACUUGAACAAUGCCGCGAUCAUUACGGCGGCCGAUAUUCAAUUCCAGAUUGCGGAAAACUUUUUUUGCGCUUACUUUUUCGUUGAAUUGCUGAUCCGUUUCCUGGCCUUCGCCAAUAAAAGGCAUUGUUUGCAGGACUACUGGUUCAACUUCGACUUGCUCUUAGUCACCCUGAUGGUGGCUGAGACUUGGAUCGUGCCGUUGAUUUUCAACCUUCUGCGUCUCAAUGAGCAGGACCUGGCAAAUGCGGUGAAUAUCGACUUUCUUCGGAUCCUGCGUUUAGUUCGGAUUCUACGCUUGUCGCGCAUGGCAAAGCUCUUGCGCGCUGUUCCUGAAUUGGUCAUCAUCAUCAAGGGCAUUGGUUUCGCGGCCCGUUCGGUUUUAGUUUUCUUCCUACUUUGGACGAUGAUCAUCUACGUUUUCGCCAUCGUCCUUCGACAAACCACCGCAGGCUAUGACUUUGGCACCAAGCGCUUCUCGACCGUAUCGCAUGCCAUGGUCACGCUCUUUUUGAGCGGGAUCGUUCCGGGCCAAGCCGAUCUCGUGGACGAAGCAGGCUAUGCUCACUGGGCCUUUUGGCUGAUCCUGGUGUUCUUCGUGCUCCUGGCAUCAGUCACUAUCAUGUACAUGUUGGUGGGCGUACUGGUGGAGGUGAUGACGGUGAUUUCCUCCACUGAGAAGGAGGGGAUGACGGUGUCUUAUGUGGCUACAAGUCUGAGAGCCAUUAUGCACCAGUUGAAUUACAGCACAGAAGUGCCAUUGUCGCAGCGUGAGUUCCGGCAACUCCUUCGAGAGGAAGAGGUGGAUCGACUCCUCCGGGACAUCGGUGUGGAUGUGGUGGCGCUGGCGGACACAGCAGAGGUCAUCUAUGAGGAUUUCAGCAAGCAUGGCAUGAGCAUGGAUUUCACCAACCUCAUGGACACGAUCCUGAACCUCCGGGGCAAGAACACGGCUACGGUGAAGGACGUGAAGGAACAGUCUCGAGUGAUCAAGUCCGUGGUGCAACAAACAUUGCAAUCCAACGGAACCAAGGUGAUGGAAGAGUUCCAAAUUCUACGUGCCGAGCUGGCACUUCUGCGUGAAGAAGCCUUGAGACGCGUGCUGCUUCCAUUGGAAACGGAGGAGACAGGCCAAUUUCCAGCGAGAUCUACCAGCCCCCCCAGCACCUAUGAAGAUCGGGAAGAUGGCCUCCAGUCACCCAUUCCGGAUGAGCAGUGAGGUCUUGGUGGCUGAGUGGAUUCUUGUUGAACUUGGCCUGUUUGUCCUUGUGGAGAGAUCGGAGAAUUGGGGACCCCAAAACAGAAACAUCCGAAUCUUACGAUUUUUUUUACGAUUUUUGUGCAGCGUGGCAGCUUGGGG